AUGGCCGCCGCGUGGGCAGAGGAUGUGUGGAUCGUUAGUGUGGAUACAAACUAUCUUGCUCGGGGCCCGGUGUUUCGGGCGGUGGAUUUGUUGAGGGGGGAGGAAGGGGAGGAGAGGGGGAAGAGGGGGAAGGGCAGGGCGGGGAGGAGGGAUAGUGCGAGGGGGGAUGGGGGGGUGGGCGAGCUCGAUGAUGAGACGUUGCAUCGAGGGGAGUAUUUGGUCAUGUAUAGGAUUCCGCCGCAGGCGGUUAGGGAUCAGACGGUUGUUGCUAGGGGGGAGGGGCAGGGGUGGAGGGCGGUUGGAGGGAUGGGUGGGUCGUGA